AUGAAACGAGCUAGAGAAGAAGAAGAAACCGACCAAGCAAGAAAAGCUUCCUCGCCGUCUGUUCUUCAGGCUACAAGCGCUCCUACCCCCCCGAAUGAAGAACAAGCCAGCCUCAUUUUGCAGCCUCUCGCCGCAGACGUUGAGGUCACUGCUCUCAUUGCCGCUGAAGAAAAUCGCCAGCGUCACUGGCUCAAUUUGAUUGCAAGCGAGAACUGCAUGCCGCGUGCCGUUCUUGAAGCCCAAUCAUCGGUGCUCGCCAACAAAUACUCGGAAGGUUAUCCGGGAGGAAGGCACUACGGCGGAAACGUUUUUGUCGAUCGCCUGGAGAUCCUUUGUCAAGAACGAGCUCUGGCUCUGUACGAUCUGUCCCCUGAAGCAUGGGGUGUUAAUGUGCAGUGUUUGUCUGGCUCGUUUGCCAAUAUUCAAGUCUAUCACGCGCUGCUCAAGCCUCACGACAGACUAAUGGGCUUGUCUUUGACCCAUGGCGGACACAUGUCGUUUGGAUAUCAAACAGACAAGCUCAAGGUGUCUGCCGUUUCCACCUAUUUCGAAACAUUGCCGUACCAGCUCGAUCUCAGCACUGGUCGCAUCGAUUAUGAUGAUCUGGAAAAUGUCGCCCAACGCUUUAGACCCAAAGCAAUUGUUGCCGGUGCUUCCUCGUACUGCCGUCUCAUUGAUUAUGAGCGUCUGAAGGAAAUCUGCCAAAAAGUAGGCGCUUACUUGGUCGUCGAUAUGGCCCAUACCGCCGGUCAGGUAGCUGCUAGCCUUAUUCCCUCUCCCUUUGAGUAUGCCGAUGUUGUUACAACUGCAACUCAUAAAACCCUCCGCGGACCUCGUGGCGCCAUGAUUUUUUUCAAAAAGGAGUACGAAUCACUAAUUAAUUUCAGCGUCUUCCCGGCCUACCAAGGAGGCCCUCAUAACCACACGAUUGCCGCGUUGGCGGUGGCACUAUGGCAGGCAAAGACUGCCGCUUUCAAGUCCUACCAAAGACAGCUAAUGUCAAAUGCAAAAUCGUUGGAGGCAGCUCUUGUGAGACGAGGCUACGAACUUGUGUCUGGAGGCACGGAUAUCCAUAUGGUAGUAGUGUCACUGGCAAACAAAGGUGUUGAUGGAGCUCGAGUUCAAGCUGCCUGUGAGCGAGCGCACAUUGCUAUUUCUCCAACUGCUGUUCCAGGCGACAAAUGGUCUCUGCCUCGAGCAGUAAGGCUGGGUACAACACCCAUGACCACUCGAGGCUUUACUGCUCGUGACUACGACCGCGUUGCUGCAUUGCUGGAUAAGGUUGUUAACCUAUCCACAAGAAUUCAGCUGGCCCUGCCUCCUGAUGCCAACAAGCUCCGAGAUUUCAAGGCCGCACUAGCUAUCCAGCCUGAGUUCGACGAGCUGCAGCGCCAGGUAACCCAGUGGACCGGCAGCUUGCCAUUGCCCACUGCAGAAAGACCCCCCGGAUCAAUCUGA